AAUGCGGUAAAUAUUUAGACAGCGCUACUUGUGCCGUAGGUAGACUCCAUGUUUUGAUUGUAUCGUUGUAAACAUUUCAUCAUUACCAUGAGGCAUUUUUAAAUAUUAAAUAUUUUAAUUUGUCAUCAAAAAUGCACAGUAAUUCUUCAUAAUGUUAGUUACGUGCAAACUGUUGAGAUCGAUCUCUUAUAUUAUAGCCACAUAAAAACUCACUAGUGAUUAUCUUGAGAAUUUUACCCAAUGAAGCAUGUGGUAUUAUCACUGAGUUUUGCUUUUGCGGAAAAAAUUUUACUUCGUGAGUGAAUCAAUAGAAGUUGGAACUAGUCCUUGAAAGCGUAACCCAAAAACAAGCUUGCACUAUUAAGUGUAAUUCAGAGUGCUGCCCGGUGAGAAGUCGAAAGUUCCUCCAAAUUACUGUUGUGCAUGCGCUACUUAAUCAGUUCAAAUUCAGAUUAUAAAGAUAGGCUAUUGUUGCCUAUGUUAAUUCUUGAGAUAUAUAUCCGCAAAGGCAUAUUUUCUCUUCAAAAGCGAUGUAGCUGUUGCUAUUGGAUCAGCCAUUAUUGCACACAGAUACGCUUCAUUUUAGAUUGUUGGUAAAUGGCUAAUAAACGUACAGCUCACGUCAUUGUUCUAGGUGAUCUCUCGCGAUCACCACGGAUAUUGUCUCAAGCUCAUUUUUUAGCUCGUGAUGUGAAUUCAUGGAGUUCAAGCGUAAAACCACUGGAUAUACCUGUUUGCCCGGAUUUAAAAACACUUCAUUUACCUUCAUUUUUGGUCUUCAUCUUUAAGUUUAUUUUUAUAGCAUUAUCAUUGUUUCUUCAUCUUGUAAAGCACUGUCGAAGUGAAUUAAUAAUAAUUCAAAAUCCUCCAGCCGUCCCAACUUUUCUUAUUACAUGGAUAUUCAUUAAGAUUACUGGUAAAAGUUUAGUAAUUGACUGGCACAACUACGGUUUUACUCUGCUGGAACUCAAUGCUUCGAGUAAAAGCUUGUUCACACGACUGUACUAUACGUUGGAAGUGGGUUUCGCCAAGGCAUUUUUUUCGAGUAGUAUAUCAGAUCGCGUUGCCCAUUUAUGUGUGUCAAAAGCUUUACAGCGUGAUUUGGAGACGAAAGGUAUUCAAGCAACUGUUUACUAUGAUCGUGCCCCAGACGGAUUUGUUCCCACCUCAUCUCAAGCUGCUCAUCGUUUAUUUUUGAAACUAAGCAAUCAAUACGAAGUUUUCAGGGAUGAAUUGAGCUCCUGUCGAUUCACGCGCUUUACUGAAUUGACUGCUCUGCCAUCUGACUCCAAAAAUAAUGGACCUAAAUGGCGCCCUGAUCGACCAGCACUGGUUGUCAGCAGUUGCAGUUGGACACCUGAUGAUGAUUUUGGGUUGGUGAUUGAUGCAUUAUGUAUUUACGACGAGAUUGUGGAGCAGUCUGACUCAGGUUUACCCCAUGUCGUGUUUGCUGUAACAGGUCGUGGUCCACUCAAAAGCUAUUACCAAAAACUGGUUAAGGAGAAAAAAUGGAAACACGUAGAAGUUAUCAUGCCCUGGCUUGAAUGGUCGGACUAUCCUAUUUUUCUUGGUUGUGCCGACCUGGGAAUAAGCAUACAUCGAAGUUCUUCGGGAUUAGAUUUACCCAUGAAAGUGGUUGAUUUGUUUGGUGUCAAUGUACCUGUCUUGGCACUCAGCUAUCCAACACUCUGUGAAUUAAUGGAUGAGAAUAAUUAUGGUUUAUGUUUUGAAACAUGUCAUCAGCUAGUAGAUCAGAUGUGCAGCUUGCUGAAACCCUGUCAAGAGUCUACAACUAAACAUACUGAUGAAUCCAGUCGAUUUUUAUCCGUUGGAUCUGGACAGCUUAUCUACUUUCGUGAAUCUUUAAAACAGCGGAACAAAAGUUUACCCAGAGGAUUUACUUAUUGGAAAAAUACUGCACUUCCAGUUUACUUGAAAGUAGUCUCCACUGCUUAUCAUGCGAAUAAGGCAGACUGAACAAAACGUUGGAAUUACCUGUUGGAAAUAUAUGUGAAUUGUGAUAUUUAAUAUAAAUCUACUUUUCACAUGAUAUUUACGCUUUAAAUUUAUGUCAUCAUUGUAUUGUAAUAUGAUGAUGUUUACAGAGGGGACAAAGUGUAGCCAAGUGCAGUAUAACCC